AUGUCGGUGAACAGUCUGUUGAAGGCUGCCAAGCAGUCAUUCAAAGAUGACGACCCGAAUUACGUGAUAUACUGCUGCGACAAGAUCAUUGAGGAACACGACAAGAACAACUACUUUGCAUAUAUCUUCAAAGGCAAGGCGCUACACAUGCUGAAGGACGAUGCCAAGGCAUUUGCCUCCUACGAGCAGGCUGCAAAGAUAAACUCGGAUGAAAUUCUUGCGUGGAAGGGAAUGCUUGAGUUGCAACGAGAUAGUACCGAUUACAAGCGGUUUUUUGCGGUGGUGACCGGGCUGGCAAACAGUUUGCUUGCUAAGAACGAUCCUCUGACAGAGGUGGUGACGGAGGUGCGAGAUUAUCUGAAAAAAUUCAAGCGCAAGAUCCCAGAGCUCACAGAGUACUACUAUCGCCAGGUCAUCCCUGGCUCAGAGUUGGGCGACCUGAUGGGAGAGAUGCUUGAAAAACCGGAAAUCGCACUCUACCAACUGAUUAACAUAGUACAGGAGAAGCAGAACAACUACGUGAAGUCGCAGUUGUUCAAGAACAAGCUUACCGGAAUCUCAAACAUGUCUGAAAAAAGCCAGCUGGCGUACAACAAGGUGAUUGUGACCGCACAUAAGCAGUUCAAACUGUCGGAGUUGUGCCAGAGAUAUAUCGAUAUCUGCACAGACGACUUUCAUCGCCGCAAAAUGGAGUCGCGUUUGUUGGAACAGAAAUACGAGCUUCUGAAGGCGUCGCCCCCAGAAGAGAAGAAACAACUGUUUACAGAGGUUUUCGACAUGGCCCAUGGAAUGGUGGUUGUGAAUAAUCCUGUUCAGCACGCGUGGGACCUCUAUUUGGACUGGCUGGACCUGAAAUCGGUCGAUUCUUUGGAUCUCAUCGUCGUUGCCGAUUAUAUCAAGCUGUUUGGAAACGUUGGGCUGGGCGCAGUGCUGUAUGCUUUUAUUUCCUCGGACAUUUCUCCCUUUGAGAGAAAAAGAGUCAAGGAGUAUCUCAAGGUUGAAAAAAAAUCGAAAAGAAGACACAACAGAAAGAACAAGCGUGUCCUGAAAAACAUCAAAACCACAGAAGAUACCGAGGACGACCCACACGACGAGUCCACUAUACCCCUGGAGGAGGCAGAGCAGGGAAAUAGUUCCGAGGACCUCUCUGCGGCCGAUGUGCUCGAGCUGAUGAUCCAGGGCAUCAAGGUGGCAGCGGAGUCGAUUCUUGCGCACCGCAUAGUUGUCGCUUACUAUUUGCAUCUGCGGGAGUACGAGAGUGCUCUUGAGUAUGCCAAACAACUCGUGACUCUCGUUUCGAAAGAGCAGAAAAAGACGCUUUUGGAGCUCAAGAACACCAAAAAGGACUCUCUGCUGUCUCUGGCUACGGCAUACACCUACUACGAGCCUCCACGGCACUUUUCACAGGCGCUGAGACUCUACGACUCUGUCCUAGCCAGCUCACCAACCGACAUCCAGGCCAGAAUCGGCAAGGGCCUCAUAUUAGUGGAGCAGAAAAAUUACGCGGCCGCUUCAGAGCUAUUGGAAAAAGUGCUGGAGGAUGCACCAGACCACUUACAAGCCAAUCUUGAGUACAGCUGGAGUAUUAUCCAAAUUGGUCGCUAUUCCGAAGGACGCGAGGGACUGCAAAAGGCGUAUAAGCUUAUUGACGGUACCGACCCCAAUUCCCUGGAAAUGCGUGGCACCACGCUCUGGCGCAUGGCUGAGUCUUAUUUGAUGGAAUUGAAGAGUCUGGAAAGCCCAGACGAGGAAACUGCUGCUGGGCUGGUAAAGUCGGCGUUCGACUUGCUAAUCGAGGCCCUUAAACAGUCGGAAUCGCUCUCUGCGCCUUACAGCUCUCUGGGUUACAUUUAUCUCACGUAUUACGACAACCAGACACGGGCCUUGAAGUGCUUGACCAAAGCUUUCGAGCUGAACGCCGGCGACAUGCUUGCUGCGCGGGAGCUGGCCAAUUAUUUCAGUGACAACAAAGACUGGGAGAUGGUGGAGGUUGUUUGUCAAAGAGUGAUCGACAGCGAACAGGGACGCUUGGCCAUGCUGUCCUUGGACGAAGACGGGUCCUGGCCGUACAGGAUGCUCGGAUGUGCAGCUCUCGAGCGCCAGGACGACAGCAAGGCGAUCGAGCUGUUCCAAAACGGUCUUCGGCUGAACUCCUUGGACGUGGACUCGUGGAUCGGGCUGGGCGAAGGGUAUCUUGCUCGUGGACGGCUGGACGCCGCGCUGAAAGUUUUCAACAAGGCGCUGGAGCUGGAGCCGGAUAACUGGCACGGCAUAUACUUGCUUGCGGUUGUUUUAGGCGAGAUGGGAGAAUUCCAGGACAGCAUAUUCCACUUGGAGAAAAUUGCCGACACAAGGCCAGACGAGCUGUGCAUUGUCAAUCGUCUCGCUGAGACGCUAAUUAUGAAGACCAAUUACGAAAUCAGCAACAGCCACAUAGCACGGUCGAUGGACACGGCACUCAAGGCGUUCGAGGCUCUCAGAAAAGCAGCAGAUCUGAGUCCACAUGCUCCUAGUCUCUGGCGUCUGCUGUCGGAGCUUUUGAAACUUCUGCUGACCGUCGAGUCGCACAUCGAGCACAUUCCGUUUGACAGUCUGGAAUUCAUCAUGAGCCGAGCCCCGGAUACGAGCAGCGUACGGUUGCUCAAGGAGAUGGGCGAGGACGACCAUUACAAAAAACUAAAAACAAGCAACAGCAAAGUGGACAAAACGUGCUACUACAUGAUCGAGAGCGCGCGCGUAGCACUUUCCGUGACUGGUGACGGCGCAGCUCGGCUUCUGCGUUCCUCGGUGACGUACAACCUCGGCGUGGCCUAUCUGGUGGCAUUUCUGCGGCUCGAGAGAUCUAGUCUCCAAGAGUGCUCCAUCAAGGCGUUCAAAAAGGCAAUCAUCCUCGAAAACGACAACCCGGAGUACUGGAACUCGCUAGGAAUUGUAUCUCUGGUGCAGAGCCCAAAAGUGGCUCAACACUGCUUCAUCAAGGCCUCGUCUCUGUCGCCACGUGACCCGGCCCCAUGGACUCAUCUGGCGGUGUUGUACAUGCAUCACGGCGACCUUGACCUUGCAAACCAGUGUUUUUUGCGGGUGCAGUCGCUUGCUCCGGGGCAGGCAGCCUGUUGGACUGGAAGAGCGCUUGUUGAACAGGCCAAGGGAGACAACAAGUCGGCCUCGCAGCUGCUAACGCACGCACACGUCAUGUCCAACGGAAAGAGCCCAUUGUCGAUGCUUCUGUACAGUUUUUCCGUCGUGAAAUCACUUAUUGGCAGCGAGAUCGACGAGCAGAACUUGGACUCUGUCCAGGAGCUCAAUGUGGCCAAUCUUUCCAUUCUGACCUACCUCAAAUACUAUCCAAAGGAUAGGCUAGCAUUGCAAGUGGCCACUUUGAUCAUUGAGCGAGUGCGUGACUUUGAAACGGGGCUUCGCUACUCCCAGCAGCUCUGUGACUUACUGGAAGAAAAAUAUGAGCAGGAAAGCUCUCCAGAAAUAGCCGUGGCGCUAUCCACCGCCCUUGCCCAGCUUUCAAGAAUGUAUCUGGGCUCGCAGGAGUACGACAAGGCGAUCGAGGUCAGCGAGCAGUCCAUGGACUUGCUGGAAGAGAUAAACGAACUGACUGAAGACGUGCAGAAAAUCAUGCUCUCGUCACUGGCUGUGCUGGGACUGUCUAGUUUCUUCAAGGAUGACUUCGACGCGGCGCUGGUCGAGUUCAAGAAAAUAUUGGACUCUUUCCCAGACUCGAGAAGAAUAGUUGUUCUGAUUGCUCAAGUGCUUUAUGAUUGCAACACAGAGGAUACUAAACAGGCUGCCAUUGACGAGCUGUUCAACCACAUUGAGAACUACGGAACGUCGCUGCUCGUUGCACUGACUUUGGCCUCCAUCUCGCUAGUCGAAAACCUUGAAGAGUUCUAUCCAGCAAUCAAGGAAGAAUUGGAGUCGCUGUCUUUGAAAGAGAGAAUAGACGACACAGCAAGCAGCGUGCCAUUUUUCCUUGAGCAGCUGCAAUUAAGAAUGGGCACGGGAACGGCUGCCAUCUGGCAGAGAAACGCAUUUAUGUUCCCGGCAGACGCAUAUACCUGGAAAAAACUGGAUAGACACGUGCAUCUAAAUGUCUGCCUGAACUCGAAGAGUGUGGACGCUGGCGAGUUGAGCAACGCAUACAUUGAGACAGGCGAGCUACGGGCGAUCCAGCGCUCUCUUCUUCUUAAUCCAAGCAACGUUGACGGCUACAUUGCACUAAAGGGAUGUUCAUGACAUGCAUUAGUACACUAUAAUAGAUUAAAACUCCUGAUUAUUCUUGGCUAGUGUCAUGUCACUCAUAGCAAAUAACAAAUCAUCCUCGUCGUCCUCAGCAUGUCCACUAGAAGGCCCUGUGUUUCUUGACUUGGUGUCUGUGGAGCGAGGUGAGUGUUCAUCGUGCUCGUCGUCAUCCGACUCGAACACGUCUUCGUUGAAGGACUUGAGUUUGAGCAGCUCUGGAUUGACUGGCCGGGUGCUGCUGUUUGUGGAAUUUGUAUUUGUGCGCUGUGAAGAGCUAGUAAGCCUCCGUAAACUGUUGUGGACUGUAGCCACCGCUGUUGCCGAUGCAGGAGGCGACGAAUUGUGCCGAAGAUAUUGUGCCAGCGAGGAGUUCGAUGGCGAGCCAGACGACGCGUGGAAUUUCCCAUAUGUCACCGAAGGCGUUACCAUUGGCGCAGAAGCUCCGGGCCUUAGCGCUUGUGAGGAAGGCGAGUAGUUCGAAGAAACAGAUCCUCUGCGAGACCUGUCGGAGAAGACCGUCCGUUUGAAUACCUGAGACUGGGAGGUUUGACUUUGGCUGUGUAUCAUGAUCUGGUUUGACGUUGGUGAGCCGUGCUGCUGCUGUUCCAACGCGAGGAAGUCAUUGGAUUUUUGGAAAGUCUUGAAAUUUGCGAGAGGAUCUUCAUACACCGACGGAGAGUUCGACGGGAAUCUCAAAUCCGGUUUCGAGUCCAGCAUCUUCAUGAAACUAUCAAGGUCGUCGUCCAUGUAAAUAGAGCUCGAGGGGCCCAGUUCAGUGGACGACACCGAGGGAGAUUUGUUUCUUGAGCGGAAAUUAUGCAAUAUAGGAUUGUUGCUCGGCGUUGAAAAGGGCUGAUUAGCGACAACCAACUGGCCGUCUAGACUAUUAUUUCUACUCGAAACUGUCCGAAAUCUGGAUCCAAACGACGAAGAAAACCUUCUCGAGUUGGAGGACACUUGAUGCCCUGUUUCUUGCAUCUGAUUUUGCACCAUAGACCCGAUUGACUUGGGAAGCGAAUCUUUAUUUUGCCGUAGUAUAGGCACCAAAGAUGCGCUGGAGUUUGUUUUAUUCAAAGUGACAGGAAUAGGCUUCGAUGUCGAGAACGAAGACACACUUUGAUUGCUCUGUGUGGCACCAGGGGGAGGAGAAGAGGAUGAGUUGAUCGAGCCCACUUUGAACAGCUGGACCGAUCUGGUCGACGACCUCCGUCUUGGUGACUGGUCAGACCAAUGGAUCGAUGCAGAUGAGACCCUGUUUUGUAAAUAGUCCAUUGGAGACGUAAGACUGUUGCCAUCACUGUCGUAAUUAGUGCGAACGGAUGGGAGAUGGUCCAGCAUAAACUGAGAUGAAAGAGCCUCCUCAGUGUCGCUGACCUGGAAGUUGCAAUUGGUACGAUAGGAAACAGACACUCUCAAUGCUCCUAUUGGAGUCAAGACAGGUUGCAAUUUUUUGGAGCUCGUGUGCUCCUCUUCGCUCAGAAGCUUUUUGCUCAGUCCUAUUCUUCCCUUUGAAGUGAUUGGCUUAGAGCCAUCUAAUAUGCGGCAUGAGACAUGGAUGGCGCUGUUUUUCGAUUUAGAUUUCACCAGUUUGUCCCGCAAUCUAUAGCUUGGAAGUAGACCCGCCAGCAGGUACAAAGACCGAAACAAAAUGAUGAUUUUCUUAUAAAUGGACGGAAACUCCAUUACCUCAUUGUCGAAGGUACUGAGGUCAAACUCAAUGAGCCAUCUCUCCAACACGAUCUCACUUUUUUUGCUUGUUUUCACGAUCACGUCAUCAAGCAUGAGUGUUUGAUUAGAGCUGAGCCCUCUUAAGUCCAAAAAUGUUUCCAGGACCAGCGGGGGAAGCGACAGUAUGUCUUUGUUUCGCCAGAGAGAAAGCUCGGUCCUCGGAAUCUCAUAGUUGCCGAGGUCCAGAUUGAACCAUCUAUUAUUAUAUUUGGACUGCGAAAAGGUAUCGCCCAUCGCGCCGUAACUAUCAUCUGGCUGCAACACGACCGACGGGAACGCAACUCGAAAAUGGAAUAUCACAUGUGCCGCCUUGAGAAAGAAGUUCUGGAUGAUUUGCGCUAGCUUGUCUGACUGCUUCUCAGAUAAAAGUUUUGAAGGUCUUCUCGCCGAGCUCAUUGCUGAUUAAUUUACAAUAACAAGCCACAGUAGGAUCAAUUGUAGCAACAGUGGGCAGUAAUGGAGUGGUGAGAAGGCGAAAUUAAGCUGUGAGUGUUUGAUCAAAAAAUUGAUUUGAGGGCAAAUCCGAUAAGAAAACCAAACCCACAAGACUUGGAUAGAAAACCCACAAUAAUAGACCUGGCAGUGAGUAAUUGCAAACCGUGUGGCUUGAUGACUAAAAAAUGUG